AUGUCAAACAAGUUCAGCAUACGGGACCCAUCCCCGAUGAAUUCAUCGCGAGUUUGGAAGAAGAAGUUUCCACGCUACUUCGUCGUCGCUUGCCUGGUGGGAGCAUUCUUCCUUUUCGGCCCGCGGUUUAGACAAGAUCCGGACAUUGUUCAUAUACCAGAUGAUCCCGCCAAGCCGAAUAUUACACUUACCGCUCAUGUCGGUUGUGAGCCCGAUUUCACCGUCCUAGAGCGCCUGGGGGUGAUAAAGCUGUCUCAGUAUUUGCGCCGGGAAGUGGUGGCUGUCCAGUCUCCAGAUAACCUACCCCUGACCCAAGUUCUUGACACCCCUUUGUUUGACCAAAGUGCCAAAAAGACAGCGCAAACGGCGGAGAACGCAUUGCAGAGCGACUGCUCUGUCGGCAACCAGAUUUCAUUGCGAACACCGCGCCGCACACGCCAUGUGGAUGGUUCACACUUCGACUUUGGUGUUGCCACAACACUGGAAAGACUGAAUGAGUCCCUCGAUGCCUUUACUCAUUGGGCGAGCCGCACCGGAGUCCGCAUUUUUGCACUAAUUGAGCCAGACAACCGGGUACCUGAGGUGCUAGCCAAGGCCGAAGCACUUGGGAUCAACCUGUCUGUGACACAGUCCAACGAGGAAUAUCAGACCCGGUAUUUCUCACUGGUUUCCCAUUUGGCUGAAAACCUGCGGGAGGUGACUCGUUGGUCCUGCAUUAUCGACGACGACACUUUCUUCCUUUCAAUGCCUGCCCUGAUUGAGGCCUUCGAGAAGUACGACCAUACACAACCAACUUAUAUCGGCGGCGUAUCAGAAAGUGUUCCACAGAUCGGUAUAUUUGGACUCAUGGGAUACGGAGGCGCUGGCGUUUUCCUAUCUCGGCCUCUAAUUCAACGGCUGAGCGAACCUGAAGUCUUCAAAGCCUGCCAACAAAUGAUACACACAGGUGACCGAAGAAUCUCGCUGUGUGUCUACCAACACUCAAGUGCGCAUCUAACCAUCGAUCAUCGAUUACGACAACUGGACUUCCGAGGUGACGCCUCAGGAUUCUUCGAAGCUGCGAGGCAGCCGCCCCUCUCGGUGCAUCACUGGAAGUCAUGGUUUAAUACCGACAUGGCAAAACUCAGCAAAAUCAGUGAAGUUUGCGGUGAAGCCUGUCUCUUGAAAAAAUGGCAGUUCUCUGAUGGCUGGAUCCUGACCAACGGUUUUUCGAUAACCAAAUACAGCCGAGAAAUCAGCCCUGACGACAUAUCGAUGGAGCUCACCUGGGACGGUGAUCAUGAUCCGGACCGUGAUGCAUUCAUGCACGAGCUUGGACCCCUACGUGACAGGGACAACGGGAAGAUCAGCUAUAUCAUGGCGGACUCGAUCAUGGACACGGACCAAGUCCGACAAUGGUACAUCCACCGCGACCCUGAAAAUGGUGAUCAAAUCAUGGAACUGGUUUGGCAAAGGCAGUGA